AUGAUCAAAGCGCCGAUUCUGUCAGCUAUCUCGCUGGCUCGCCGGUGGGGACGUCGGCCCCCCCAUUUGAGGGCUCUCCAUGAUACUCUUUACGAGUUCAAUGCAUACAAACCGUUAAAGGCCGGGCGGCCUCCGGCUCUCCUGCUGGGUGGAUUGGAUGCCUGGAUCGAUCUUCUAGGGCAACAAUCCCUUGCGACAUCCUCGACUGCUGCUGUCAUGAGUUCUCUGCAAGCCAGAAAGCCCUUGCUUCGACCAGGUCGACCCCUCGGGAGAGUGCCUACCAUGGCUAGUGCGAAUUCAAGCCUUGAAAUUCGGAAGAGACGACUACGCGAGUUCACUCCCUUGAAUUCGAAAGAGCUGUCCGAGUGGAUGGAGAAAUCCAAAGUCGAGGAGAUCGACACGAGCACCUAUACCGAGGAAGACUCACUAACAGAAGAACCCGAGGAGACGGGACCAGAGCCUUCCACUCCAUUUGUCCACACAUACGAGGCUUUCUUGCGUCGUUUCCCUGAACCACACGAUGUUCAACAGUCCAUGACACACGCGGAUCCCCGUCCUCCCCUUGCCGCCACUCCAAAUUAUGCUGCACACAUGUCAGUGGCCCCCUCUCGACCACCCCCUGCUCUGCCUCGUCCCAGCUAUAGCGGCGUCUCCGAUGGACGGCAAAUCCAACCCCAUUUGCACCGACAGAAUUCGGCGAGUCGAACAGCCCUGUAUGCUCCAAGCUCCCGCCUAGAUCGCCUCAAAAUUCCACGGACUGGAUUAACCAAUUUCGGUGUGACGUGCUACAUGAAUUCUACCAUUCAAUGCCUCAGCGCAACGAUUCCACUGAGUAGGUUCUUCAUCGACAACCGAUUCCGCUAUUAUGUACAAAAGAAUUGGAAGGGGUCUCAGGGCGUUAUGCCGGGACUUUACGCGAACCUAACCCGGUCACUAUGGAAGAACGAUGUCGAGGUCAUCAUGCCGACCUCGUUCCGGAACUUCUGCGGACGCUUGAAUCGAGAAUGGGCCAUCGACCGACAGCAAGAUGCCAAAGAAUUCUUUGAUUUUGUGGUAGAUUGCCUCCACGAGGAUCUCAAUAUCAACUGGCAGCGAACUCCGCUUCGACCUCUCACCUUUUCAGAGGAGAUGCAACGGGAGCGAAUGCCGAUGACUAAAGUUUCCCGAAUUGAAUGGGACCGAUACUGCCACCGAGAAGAGUCUUUUAUCUCGUCCCUAUUCGCAGGACAGCAUGCCAGUCGAUUGCGCUGCACGACCUGCCGACAAACAUCCACUACCUACGAGGCCUUCUACAGUAUCAGCGUUGAGAUCCCACCAACCGGUGCCGGUGAUAUCUACCAGUGUCUCCGUAGCUACUGCCAGGAGGAGAUGCUGAGCGGCGACGAGGUCUGGAAGUGCCCACACUGCAAAUGCAAGCGAAUGGCAACCAAGCAGAUCAUCAUCACGCGCGCGCCCCAGAUUCUCGUUGUCCACUUCAAGCGAUUUUCUGCAUCCAAGACCCAAAGUGCACGGAAGAUCCACACACCUAUCGAAUUUCCGCUUCACGGUCUGCGCAUGGACGAUUUUGUGAUUGCUCACCCUUCGCCUCCCCCUCCGGAACCCGGUAUGCCGCCCACCACGGGGGCUACGAUCCCGCCAUUUACUUACGAUGCCUUUGCCGUGCUACGGCAUCUCGGGUCUUCCAUGGGCAGCGGGCACUACAUCUCACUGGUGCGCGAUGCGGAGCGGCAGUGCUGGCGGAAAUUUGACGACGAUCGGGCCACGGACUUCAAUCCGCGGGAGCUUCGGCCGCGGGAGCGGUUGCAGAACGAGCAGGCGUAUAUUGUGUUUUAUGAGCGAGUUCCAGCGAAAUGA